AUGGCGGCGUUCACUGCUGACUCGGAGGAUGGCGGCGGUGGCUGCAGCGCCGCUGCAGGCGGCGGUGGCGGCGCAGUCCGAGGCGGAGCCGGCGGUGGAGGCGCAGGCGGCUGUGGCGUCGCACGCGAGGACGUGGCCGCGGUGGGGCAGCCGUCGCCGGAGCAGAAAGCAGCCACCGCUUUUGCGAGAGCCGUGGUCGCUUCACCCUGCAAGACCAGCCACCGGUGGGCGUCAAGGUUCGGCGGCGGCGUCGAUUUGGAUGAUGAUAUCUGGGAGAUUAGAUUUCAUUUUAGUGGUGAAGAUAAUUUAGAGAGGACUAUUAGCAGGUCAGACAUCACUGUGUUGAAUUUGCUAGCUCUGGUAGAACAACGUGGCUAUGGCAUCAGAGACUACAUGUACUAUGUUAAAGAAAGAGGCAAAGGGAAGGAAGGAAUGGAGGUAGUUGAUAGCAUGGCAAAGGUACAUGAAAUGCUUGAGCUUUAUGACAGUGAGAAGGUACUCAAUAUAACAGUGGUGAAGGACAAAGCAGAAUGGCCAAUUGGUUUGAACAGAGAAGAUGUUGAAGCUACAAAUCUAGUUGAUGUCCCUGUUGUGUUGUCAGAUAACAAGUCAGGGGUCAAUUUCAUGGCAAAGGAAGUGGAGGAGGUGUAUCCAGUGGCAAUAGACUACAGUGAUGUUGUGUACAUUGGUACACAACACAGCAGCACCAUGAAUAAAGGGAAGGGAAAAGAGGUUGCUGAAUCAGAUCAAGAUGAAGACUUGGAAGAUGGAUAUGACAGUGAUAAGGAGGUAAAUGAUAAUGAGGUUGGUGAAUAUGAGGCUGAGUACAUGUACUAUGAUGGUGAGUACAGACCUGAACUAGCAGCAGCUGAGAGGGAGGCAGCUAUUGAAGCAGAUUUGGAGCUAAUGAGGGAGUUUAGGAAGAAGAGGCAUGCAGCACAAAAUGCAGAGAAUGAAGAAAUAAUGGACAAGCUGCAAAAAAUGAAAGAACAGAAGGCUGACCCAUUUCUUCAUUUUGAAGGUGACACUGAUGUUGAAGAGAUAUUUGAACCAGAGGAAGAUUCAGAGGUUGAGGAAAUUACAGAGAAAAUCAUCCCACUGAAGAACAAGGCAGCAAAGUGUGGUCCUACUAGUAGCUCACAUCAUGAGGUGGUUAAAUUUGAAGAAGGAAAUUAUUUCAUGCCUACAUCUGAUGAAGAGAGUAGCCCUGAUGAGGUUGCAGACAAUGAUGAUGAUGGGUUUGUGUCAAAAUUUGUAUCUGCCAGUGGAAGGAAGAGGAGACUGAAGAAAAUGAAGAAAAGAGUUUGGUAUGAUGAAAACAGGGCAAACCCACAUGAACAGAUAGGUAUGAAGCUUUGUUUCACUGAUGUAUACCAGUUCAGGAGGGCUCUAAGGACAUACCACAUAGCUCAGCUUAGGAACUUUCAGUACUGGAGGAAUGACAGUGAUAGAAUCAUAGUUCUUUGUCCUAGAGCAGAUAAUGGUUGUCCCUUCUACAUCAGUGCCUCAAAGAUUGCACAUGAGAAGACUUUUUGCAUAAGGAAAAUUCUAGGAGUUCACACUUGUAUUGCCUCUGGACAGCACACAAAGGUAACUAUUGAUUGGCUAGCCAAACAGUCUGAGCAGGCUGUUAGAAUUGAUCCAAACACAACUGUUGACACACUCAUUGACAAUGCAAAGCAGAAGUGGGGUGUACCAGUUCCCAAGAGCAAAGCUUACAGAGCAAGGAAGAAGGCAUUUGUUGUUGUUAUGGGUGACCAGAAGGCACAAUACACUAGGUUGAGGGACUAUCUUCAGGCUGUCCUUGACACUAAUCCUGGCAGUAGGUGUAUUGUGACAACAAAGCAUUUAGUGGAGCAUCCUAGCACAAACCCAAGGUUUCAUGGGUUAUUUUACUGUCUGAAUGCAUCAAAGGAAGGCUUUCUUAAUGGCUGCAGGCCCUUCAUAGGGGUAGAUGGAUGCUUCAUUAAAUUGAGCACUGGCCAACAAAUACUUGCUGCAACAGGUAGAGAUGGGAACAAUAACAUUUUCCCUAUUGCAUUUGGUGUGGUGCACAAGGAAGACACUGCUAGUUGGUUAUGGUUUCUGACUCAGCUUAGGUACUGUAUUGGGGAGUCUGGAAAAUUUGGAAUGUACACAAUUAUUUCUGAUAGGCAAAAGGGACUUCUCAAAGCUGUAUCACAAGUGUUCCCACAUUCUCCUCAUAGGUUCUGUUUGAGGCAUAUUUAUGCCAACUUCCAAUCUGCUGGAUUCAGAGGGCCAGAACUGAAGAAGCACAUGGAUACGUAUCAUUAUUGUUACACAAAACCAGAAUUUGACAGAGCAAUGGAUGCUAUGAAGGCAGAUUGUGAGGAGGCUUAUAAUUGGCUCAUGCAGAUUCCUGUAGAGACAUGGGCCAGGCAUGCUUUUGAUACAAACUGCAAAACAGAUCUUGUUGUGAACAAUAUUUCAGAAGUAUUCAACAAAAUGAUCCUGGAUGUGAGGAACAAGCCUAUCAGAACAAUGCUAGAAGGGCUAAGGAAUAAAAUCAUGGUAAAGAACAGUGGGACAAGAGAGAAGACAGAGAGAACCAGAUGGGAGAUCACUCCACACUAUACUGAGAAGUUGGAAGAAGCAAAGAGGUGGUCAAGAGAAUGCACUGCAAAGAAUUGUGAUGUUGACCUGUGGCAGGUUAGCAACAGCAAAAUAAAUUGUGCAGUCAACCUGAAGAACCACACUUGCACCUGUAGGAAAUGGGAUAUCACUGGAAUACCUUGCAGUCAUGCAGUUGCUGCAAUUAUGAAAGUGAGACAGCAUCCAGAGGACUAUGUACAUGAGUUCUUCAAGAAGCCACUGUACAAAGAAGCCUACAAACAUGUUGUGUACCCUGUGCCUGGUCCAGAUGAUUGGAAAAAGACUGAGACUGAUGACAUAGACCCACCUGUUUUCAGAGAGAAGCCAGGAAGGAAACAAGUUAAAAGAAGAAAGGGACAAUUUGAAGUUCCAGCACCAAGAGACACCUCUAGGAUGGCUGUAUUACUUGCAAGCAAUCUGCAAGGUUGUUGGCCAUAG